CUGGCCGCUUUCUUCCAGGACUGCAUAUCAGAGCAGGAUUUGGACGAGAUGAACAUUGAAAUCAUCCGAAACACACUUUACAAGGCUUAUCUAGAGGCUUUCUAUAAAUUCUGCUCAAACCUGGGAGGAACCACAGCCGACACCAUGUGCCCCAUCCUGGAGUUCGAGGCUGACAGGAGAGCCUUCAUCAUCACCAUCAACUCGUUCGGCACAGAGCUGUCCAAAGAGGACCGCGCCAAGCUCUUCCCUCACUGCGGAAAGCUCUACCCAGAGGGCCUCGCUCAGCUGGCCCGGGCAGACGACUACGAGCAGGUCAAGGCCGUCGCAGACUUCUACCCAGAGUACAAGCUGCUGUUUGAAGGUGCUGGCAGCAACCCGGGAGACAAAACCCUGGAGGACCGCUUCUUCGAGCACGAGGUGAAGCUGAACAAGCUGGCCUUCCUGAACCAGUUCCACUUCAGCGUGUUCUACGCCUACGUGAAGCUGAAGGAGCAGGAGUGCAGGAACAUCGUUUGGAUCGCAGAGUGCAUCGCCCAGCGCCACCGCGCCAAGAUCGACAACUACAUCCCCAUUUUCUGA